GGAAAAACAACAACAGAACCACCACACUGACUGGCAAAUUGUGGCUGCCCAUGAAGCCCCCAAACUUCAUUACGGGGGAAAGUGCGUUUAUCUGAAGGUCACUAUCACAUGACAAAGGCUUCGAGACAGCUUCUUCUUCCCCUGCCUGUAAUUUCCAUUUGCCUUCCUAGAAUCCUGGCGCAUCACAGAAGCUGGAAGUUCUGAUGUUCCAUUGAAAUCACAAUGGAACGUCGUGACUUAACCUGGUCACAGUAAUGAAAGGCAGUAAUAGAAAUAAGGAUCAUUCAGCAGAAGGGGAAGGAACUGGAAAACGACCAAAGAGGAAGUGUCUUCAGUGGCAUCCAUUACUAGCAAAGAAACUUCUUGACUUUUCUGAAGAGGAGGAAGAGGAAGAGGAAGAAGAAGAUAUUGAUAAGGUCCAACUUCUUGGAGCUGAUGGCCUAGAGCAUGAUGUAGAUGAGACUGAAGAUGAUGAAUCUUCAGAGCAACGAGCUCGGAGACCAAUGAAUGCAUUUCUUUUAUUUUGUAAACGCCAUCGCUCCCUCGUUCGUCAGGAACACCCCCGGCUGGAUAACCGUGGUGCUACCAAGAUACUGGCUGAUUGGUGGGCAGUUCUAGACCCAAAGGAAAAACAGAAAUAUACAGACAUGGCCAAGGAGUACAAAGAUGCGUUUAUGAAAGCCAAUCCUGGCUACAAAUGGUGUCCUGCAACAAACAAACCUGUAAAAUCCCCAGCGCCCACCAUUAAUACACGAAAAAAGCUGUGGGCCUUUCCAUCUGACUCUGGAAAAGAUUUACCAAGCCCCAAGAAAGCAAAGACUGAAGAAAUGCCUCAGCUUAACUUUGGGAUGGCAGAUCCUACGCAAAUGGGAGGCCUAAGCAUGCUGCUUUUGGCCGGGGAACAUGCUCUGACUGCACAAGAGGCAAAUGAUGCUUGUAGGACUGUGGUCAACUUGAAUCCCUCUCUGUCUCCACUGCUGUCAUUCUCAAAUGUUUCCACUCCGUACUAUAAAUGUGAUGUUUCCGAAUCUUGUCAGGCAUCACCAUUAUUUCAGUUUGUGGAGAUCUCUUCAAAUACUUCACAGUUGGGUAGUCCUGAGCCAGUGAAACGCUGUGGGAAGUCAGCACUCUUCCAACUGGCAGAGAUGUGCCUAGCAUCAGAAGGAGUAAAAGUAGAAGACUCAAAGGUGAUAAAAGCAGAAGAAUCAGAAGGGAGAAGCAUGGAAGAAUCUGAGAAGGGAAAAGUAGAAAGGGAAAUAAAAGUAGAGAAAUCAGAGGAAGACAAGUUGCCGAAGACAGAAUUGGAAAAGCCAGUUGAAGAAAUAGUCAAAGACUGCUCAAGUGUCAAAAACUUUGAGGAGAUUAAAGUGGACCAAAUGAAGGAGGGAAAGAAGGAAGAUGGUGAAGAGAUCAAAAAAGAAGAGUUGAGGGAAGAUAAAAAGUGUAGCCACUUUACUGAUCCUUCUUCUUCCGUCAGUAGUAAACUAAUCACAAGUGAUGGUCCCAGCAGAAAAGAUCCCAUAUGCCAUUCCCAUGAAGCUGUGAUCAUUGAGGACACCUUAGGGUUAAGCAAACCAGAGAAGCUAAAAAAGAAAAAGAAGAAGAACAAAAUGGACCGACAUGGGAAUGAAAAGUCCACUCCUAAGAAAACCUGCAAAAAGAGGCAAUCCUCAGAGUCUGAUAUUGAGAGUGUUAUAUAUACUAUUGAAGCAGUUGCAAAGGGAGAUUGGGGCAUUGAGAAGCUUGGUGAAACCCCUCGCAAAAAAGUUCGCACAUCUUCAAGCGUGAAGGGAAGCAUUCUGGAUACCAAGUCACCAAAGAAAAAAGUGAAGUCAAAAGAUAAGAAGAUGUCAAAGGAGAAACUGUCAAACACCACCAAAGAGUCCAAGCCUCUGGAUUUCAUUAGUAUUACUGCCAACAAAGAGGUUGCAGGAGAGGUGCCAGAGUGUGUAAGAGCAGAACCAUUGACUCCAACGGAGGAGGUUCUACCACAGAGCUUGCCAGGACAGAUCAAAACAGAGGAGAGUGACUGUAAUAGAAAGAUAGAAAUCUGUGGCUCAAGGAAAUCUGAGAGGUCUUGCAAAGGUGCUCUUUAUAAAACUCUGGUGUCAGAGGGCAUGCUUACAUCCCUGCGAGCUAAUGUGGACAGAGGGAAAAGAAGCUCAGGAAAAGGUAAUUCCUCUGAUCAUGAAGGGUGUUGGCAUGAAGAAAACUGGUCAUUUACCCAGUGUGGAACAAGUGGGAAUAAGAAGCUAAAAAGACCAAAGCCAAAGGAAGAGUUUGUCCUUGGCUUAGCAAAGCUGGAAGAAGAAUUUGAAAAAAAAUUCAAUAGCCUCCCUCAAUACAGUCCUGUCACAUUUGACCGGAAAAGUGUAUCUGUUCCAAGAAAAAAGAAGAAGACUGGAAAUGUUUCAUCAGAACAGACUAAAACCAGCAAAGCCAUACUUUCAGAAGACAAAAACACCACUGAGCCUCCCCGAAAGACUAAAGAUGCCCCAUCGGUUCCAAACACUCCAGAGCCAACAACAACGCAAGAGCCUUUGGUUGGCAGCCAAAAAAGGAAAGCGAGGAAAACGAAGAUCACACAUCUUGUCAGGACAGCAGAUGGUCGGGUGUCACCAGCAGGAGGUACUUUGGAUGACAAACCCAAGGAACAACUGCAGGGUAGUCUACCUAAAACAUCAGCUGCAGACACAGAUUGCAAUGAGGAAUGCUCACAAAACAUCGAGGCAGAGGAGAUUCGUAGUAUCACAUCAGACAUGCCAGCUGUGUCUGCUUUCUUCAGCCUGGCUGCCCUGGCUGAGGUAGCAGCAAUGGAGAAUGUGCACAGAAGUCAGCGGGCAGCUCCCCUUGCCCACGAUGGACAGCCAAAAGAAAUGCCACAGGCUCCUGUACUUAUUUCCUGCGCUGACCAGUGAAGCUCCCCUUUAUUGUAAAACAUUGUGCUUUACCUAAUAUCCUAGCCUUGUCUUUACCAAGGGAAGCUAGUCAGUCGAUAGGAUGGAAAAUAUAGAUUGCAAACACGUGAUUGGUGCCCUGCACGGCCCAGAUUUCACUUGAAGCCAGAAGUUAGCAACUUGGGCCAGGUCGUCCUAUUGGAACCCAGAAUCUUUGAGGGGGAUGUUAUUUGUCUGAUAAUGAACAGAAUGAGAAUGAUCCUGGAGCUUUGCUUUCUAUUGAAGGCUUUUAAUGGUAAAUUGGUGGUUACUUGGAAGUGGCUGCCUUUACUGUAGCUCAUCCAGUGUCUCUUUUACCAACCAGAGAGUGUGAAACUAGUUUCGUAUAAUACCUAGUUAUUCUUUAAAAAAAAAAAAAAAAAAAAAAAACAACAAAAAAAAAACAAACUGACGCACUGCACUAGUUAUUAUUAGAUAUUCCUAGUCAUUUUUGUACAUGAAGAUUUAAGUUCUAAGAUGGUUUAUAUAAUAGGUUAUGCCUACAUUUAUAUUGUAGAAUAAAUUAAAAAACCUGUUCCAGAGAACCCCAAACAGCAUGGGCAGAUGUACCAUUGUUAGCGGUGUAUGCUCAGCCACGUGGUCCAUAUAUUCUGCACUUUUAUAUUUGCCACCAGAGUGGUAGUUUGCUGGCAAAAAAGAAAAAAAAAAGUCUGACUUUAUUUAUAGGCUGAGUCUUUUCUAAGGCUUGAAUGAUCAAGAAGAAUUUGUGUAGGGUAAGUUGUAGUAAAUAUUUACCCAGAUGGAGGAAAAGUCCUGCAGAUUACUGAUGGUUAUCAUGCCUUGAGGAUUCUUUUAUUUUUUACAUAGGGGUCUAAGUGACCAGUGGAACAUUGAUAUAAACAAACAAAAUGAAACAAACAAAAAAAAAAAAGGACAGAAAAAUUGUUCAGAAGUGACCUUAGAAUUACUUCACUAUUCUGAAAACAUUGAAGACAUUGAAUUCAUGUGGACUCUGAGACACAUACCUUUUAUAUCUCUCACAGACACACUGGACUGGGUUGCGAUUGCUAUGCACAGCCUAAAUUGGCACUGCAGGUUUUUUUUUUUAGAGCCAUUUAGAGUUUGUGUUGGUUAAGAGGUAUGUGAGUAAAUGAUGAUGAGAAGUAUGCUUGACCCGAGUGGGGCUAUCAAAUCUAGAUCCACCUGCCAGUUCCCAUUUCUUUUUGUGUUUUGUUGCUUUUGAACAUUAAACCAUAGAUAGGCCAGUACCAAGUGGAUCAGCUGGCUUAGAACAUUCAACAUAUUGACUUAACCACCUGACUUUCACAGUGACUUGUUUCCUAGCAACAGAUGCAAAGUGAUAAAUCAAAAUUAGUCUGAGGCUACAAAUUCUACAGGGUAUUUGUUCGAUAGCACAAAGUAUUUCCCUACUCUUGCAUCACAGCACAAAAAAAAAAAAAGAAAAGAAAAGAAAAAUACCAAAUUUUAAGUAUUGGACUCCAGCAAUAAUUUUUUUUUAUUGGUCUUCAUACUGGCUGAAUUUUGAUAGUGUUAGGUCGAUUUUGAAGCUCUUGAAUUAGGUCUCUAAAAGAUGAGAGUUUACAUGGUUUUAUCAGGCCUUCUUAUUUAUACUUGACUGAAUUGAUAAUGAUGAUUUUUUUGUAAUUGUAAUUUGAUGUAAUAGCCAUACAAAAAAAAAGUAACUCUUAAUACAGACUAGGUUUAGCUUUUCAUGGUUGUAGAUAUGACUUCAGUUUCAGUGCUGGAAAAUAUGUACAACAUACCAUACAGGAAUGAAAAAAUGGAGAUCUUUUUUUGUUAAAAAAAGCAACUGCUAAAGAGAGCAAUGAAGACGAAAGGCAUUUGGAAUGAUGUCCUCAAAAAUACAUACUCUUUGUGGAGUUGGAGGAAGAAGGAUUAGAAAAAAAGGUUAAUCCAAGGUGAAAGCUUAAUCCCAAUCAGGUAGCACUAAACCUAGUAAAAAGUCCCAACAAAUACAUCGUACCUUAGGUUUUUACUAUGAACCUGUUUUAUUAAUGUUUUCUAAAUUUUAAAAAGUGAAUGUUUGAAAAUUGCUGGGUCCCAGUGAGGUGGCUGUUGGAGUCUUUGGACCACUUGCUAGUAGCGAUUUAGAAAUUAAGAUUAGCUAAAAACCCAAAAAUCGUACGGUGCGGACCAUGCACCUUGACAAUGGUACUAACUUGUUAUUCUGUAGAACAUGUUAGAAUAGGUCUAUUUUUGCCAGAGCCUUCUCCAAUCUUCCUCCAAUUACAUUUCACUAGUGUUCCUUAAGAGAUUGCUGUAUAUUAAUGGGACCUUUUUUUAAAAAAACAAAAAACAAAAA